AUGGCUGAAAUCAACGAACGAGCCUCUUGUUCGUCACCGGCUGAGCCAUCGAGAGCAAACGCAUCCACAAAUCAGGUGCGCCAACUUGCUGAGAACAUGUACGAUAAAAUCGGUCAACUUAUGCACAAUCAGAUUCAAGGAUCGAUUGACGAGUAUAAACUAUUGGAAGAUAUGAAUACAGCCACCGCUCAACGAUAUGUUGAUAUGAAAACGGUGGCUGAAGGAGUGGGAGAUAAAUUGACGAAAUUGAAUGAUAAAUAUGCCUCCCUGAAGCCGUAUUUGAAUCAAAUUGACGAGAUGGAGUCGAGCACUCGACGUUUAGAAGAAGCUGUUAACACGCUUGAUCAAUACGUGACAGCUCUAGAAGCAAAGCUCCAGAAUAUCCAAACUGCA